AUGAAGUUGAACAAGUUGUUGUUGAGUUUCCUGCUCCUCGGGCUCUUUGUAGCCACGAUUUUGGGUGCCGAUACUGAUGCCGAUACCAGUGCCGAUGAUACAAGUGCGGAUAUCGAUAACGAUAACGAUAACGAUGGUGAAGAUGAUACCGCGGCUGGAACUCCAACCACAGCACCCACCACGGGUAAUUCCCCAUCGUCGGGCUCGGGCAGCAAUAAUUCCGAUGUAGAUGAUGGCUCCGAUUUGGGACCUGAGGAUUCCGAUAAUGAUUCUGAUGCCGAUUCCGAUGACGAUUCUGAUAUCGAUUCCAGUCCUACUCCUGCUCCCAGGCGGAGAAAGAGGAACAAUGGUAACAACAUCAGGAAGAAGGCCAACAACAAUAGGCGUCGCAAUAACAACAAUAACAACAACAACAGAAGGCGACAGGCAGCUGCCAAGAGGCGCAGCAACACCAACAAUCGCAGGACCAACAACAACAGCAAUCGUCGCACCAACAACAACAGCAGGCGCCGCAACACCAACAAUGCCAGGAGGCGUGGUUAA